UUUUUCCUAAAAGGAAAAUGAGGGGAGCCUGAGUCGCUGACCCUAGGUCAGGCUCGCUCUUGUGUCUUCUGUUUCCACGCCAUCGCCCCGAAGUAUGGAGUGAGGCUGAUUCCUCUGAUCAGCUCGCGCCUUCAUUCUCUUCUUCUGAGAAAAAUGUCUCAUCUCAUCUCGAAACCCACUUCCAGAUCACUACUGACUAGGCUCUUUUACCUCAAUUCGCUUCCUCGUUGUCUCUGCACAUCCACCCAAGAGAGUCGAACCCAGAAGCUCGAACGAAUCGCCGAUGAGCUUCUUGGCCUCAACAAGCUGGAAAGGUACGACUUUACGAUUCUUUGGAGGCUUAAGAUGGGUCUCAACAGGUACGGGCCAGCCGUAACAGGGCUCGGUUUAUCGGGUUCUGGUUCAGCUGGAACUGGGUCUGGCUCGGCGGAUGCAAAGGCGGCGGUGGCGGAGAAGACAGUGUUUGAUAUAAAGUUGGAGAAGUAUGAUGCUGCGGCAAAGAUCAAGAUUAUCAAGGAGGUAAGAGCUUUUACUGAUUUAGGAUUGAAGGAAGCUAAGGAUUUGGUGGAGAAAGUUCCGUGUGUUUUAAAGAAAGGAGUGACAAAGGAGGAGGGUGAAUCUAUUAUCGAGAAGCUCAAGGGGGUGGGUGCUUCUGUUGUACUGGAAUAAUCUCAGUUUUGCUUCUGUAAUGUAGCUUUUGAUUCAAUUUUUCAAUAGAAUUAUGAUUUGUUUUGGCCAAUGAUCAAUGAAAAAUAUAUCUUGCUUCCUCAGGUUAGUCGAUGUUUUUUGUUCAAUAAGAUUCUCCAUGUUAAUUGAUGUCAAGUAUUGACAUUUUA